AUGGCACCUCCCGAAUACGAGGCUAAGAAGCGCCGUGUGCGUAGUGACUACGGAUAUCACCAGGUUCACCAGACAAGAUGGUUCGACAAUGAUAUGUACGCGCAUCUGAAUAAUACUGUUUACACAGCUCUAUUCGACACAAUUGCAAAUGCCUAUUUGAUCGAGCAUUGUGGCAUGAAUCCCUUUAGCGUGAACAAUCCCACGCCUAAGAGCCAAAGCGGAGGAUCUGCUAUAUCAGUCGGCACAGAUCAGAUUGGGUUGAUUGUGUCCACACAUGCUGAUUUUUUCGCUUCUGUUGCAUUCCCGGAUAUUCUUGAGGUUGGGCUACGAGUUGCCAAGUUGACCUCUUCCACUGUGACGUGGGAAAUUGGCGUGUUCCGACAGGGAGAAGAGAAUGUGAAGAUGGUGGGAACUUAUACGCAUGUUUUUGUGUUAAGGGAGACGAUGCGCGUUGGGAAAGGUGGGAUGGAGGCUCAGGUGCGUCAAGGAUUGGAGAAGAUACUUUCUGGACCGGAUUCGAAGCUGUGA